GGUCGGUCCUCUCAAAGUUAAAAACAGACUUUGUUUAUCUGGCAGGCUGUUUGCUGAUAUGCUCUCUGACUAGUUCACAUAUCCUUCCUCAUCCCUUCUUCCCAGUCGUCCUGUUGUUUUUACUCUUCAUCGAGAAGACUGAGACCGUGCACCAGCAGCAACAGCAACAGGAAAAACAGCAGAACGACUCCAAGACUGUUUGUACAAUAAAACACUUUGUUCUGCAGACACUCCGAGUUGAAGGUGUUUUUAGAGGGGUUUUUGUUGCAGCUGAGCUCGGCAGGGGGAGAGCACCGAGAGGAUUUUUGUUUUUUAUCAAGCAUUUCUAGAGCGUCAUGGCGACCGAAGUCGAGAUGUGGUCCACCGCUAAGCAAGCCGACGGAAUGUUCUCUUUGGAUGAGAACCUGACAGAGGCUAAUCGCCCCUACGCCGAUGAUGAUGACGAGCUAAUCGAGGCAGAGGUGAAUGGUAACUGGACGCCCCAGGAGAAAGCACUUCAUGAGGCACGGCUCAAAGCCAAAGCCAAGCGACGCCUGCGCAAGUCCUCAUCACGCAACUCCACCAGCGAGUCCUUCUCUGAAUCAGGAGACUUGGCAGGAAGUGACCCAAACAGUCCAAAGGGCAAAGCCAACACCAACGACCGCAAAUCCAGGACAGGCAAAGGCAGAGGCCUGCCAAAAAAAGGUGGAGCAGGUGGUAAAGGAGUUUGGGGGGCUGCAGGGAUGGUUUAUGAAGAUGAGGAACCUGACGUACUGGACCCCAACUAUGAUGAAUCCUCUCAGGGAGACACAGUUUAUGCAAAAGUUGUUCCAGAGGUAGAUGAGAAGGAACUGGGAAAAAUGGUCAACCCAAUUGUAAAGGAGUACUUUGAACACGGAGACACAAAAGAAGUCCAGAUGUUGCUGAAGGAGCUCAACCUGGGCCCCCAUAAGUACGAGUUCUCCUCUGUGGCCGUGUCCCUGUCCCUCGAAGGCAAGGCCAGCCACAGAGAACUGACCUCCCGCCUGCUGUCUGAUUUGUCGGUUAAGCUGCUGUCACAAAGUGACAUGGCCCGUGCCUUCGACAAGAUACUCAAAGAGCUGCCAGACCUCAUACUGGACACCCCUGAGGCUCCACAGAUGUUAGGCCAGUUUAUAGCCAGAGGCAUAGCAGACCACGUCCUCCCUAUGUCUUUCCUGGACUGUUACAAGGGCAAAGUAGACUGUGAGCAUGCCAGAGUGGCUUUAGACCGUGCUGCAGUGCUGCUGUCCAUGAAGAGAGGGAUGGUCCGUCUCGAUAAUGUGUGGGGCGUGGGGGGAGGCCUGAGACCCGUCAAACAUCUUGUUAAAGAGAUGAAUCUUCUCCUCAAGGAGUACCUGACAUCAGGAGAUGUGUCAGAGGCAGGGCGCUGUCUGCGGGAGCUGGAGGUGCCCCACUUCCACCACGAGCUGGUCUAUGAGGCUAUAGUGAUGGUGCUGGAGUCGAAAGGGGACACUGCCAGUCAUAUGAUGGUAAAGCUUCUGCAGGCCUUUUGGAAAAUGGGCCAUAUCACUGUGGAUCAGAUGAACAGGGGUUUCCAGCGUGUGUACGAUGACCUCCCUGAAAUCAACCUCGAUGUGCCACAUGCUCACUCUAUCAUGGAGACAUUUGUGGAUCUCUGCUUCCAGGAGUCUGUCAUCACCAAACAGCUGAGGGAUGCCUGUCCUUCUAGAGGACGGAAGCGUUUUGUAAGUGAAGGAGACGGAGGAGUGAUCAAGAACUGAUCCACAAGAGGAAGAGGAUAAGCAGCAGGAAGGGGGGGAGGGUGUUUACAGGUUCUCACACCCUGUUUGUGCUCCAGCAUGCUUCCCUGAAACUGAACAUGCUGGCAGUUUCUUUAUUCCUCUCCUGAUAAAGCUGUCAUUACACAAACCAGCGUUGACGUUCGGGGAAAGUAGACUGAACCGUGACCCAGACGUUCAGUUCCCUUCAUCUUGUUAAUCACUGUUUUUGACUUUUCUUUUCUUUUUGUAAGAAAAUUCUUCAUUUUUGGGGUCGAUCCACCCCUGUUGCCUCAGUAUUUGUACCUGUUUGUUAAGAAUAAUUCAAGACAAAGCUGCAGAGGAUAAGGCAGACAGAUUUUGGUGUGUGGGAGAUAAACUGGGGUGUUUUGUCUCUUGCUUUGCUUCAACUCUUGCCAUGUUGCUAUUUUUUUUGUUUUUUUUUGUUUAAUGUAUUGCGCUCUAAAUGGAAAAAGCACUUAAAAGACAGGAUACUGUACAGUCAGUGAGCACUUAGUAAUUUAGCUCAACAACAAGGAUAUAAACCUUUUUUUCUGUCACAAAUGAUUUGAAAUUAUUUCAAGAACAACAUACUUUGUACAUUCUGAUUUAAGUGGUUGUAUUGAUCCUUUGCGAACAUUUUCUUUUUUUCAUUCUUUCAUUCUUUGCAUCUCAGUCUCUGAGACCAGAUGUUCAUUUUCUUAAGCACAGCAGUCAAAGCAAGAGGUGUUCGUGCACUGUUUGGGUGUUAAGUUGACAUUUGCAUUAGGGCAAGCAUAUUUUGGAGGUUCAUUCUAAAAAGGAAAGUAAAUUGGGAUUAAUGUGUUUAAAAAAAAUAAAAAUUAAAAAAAUGUUUGAGCUUGACGUUGCAGUUAAUGGAUCUACAGCCACGUGGUCAGCAGUGUAUUCUGGACAAGUAACAGUCACAAACAAAGCUAAGCCUGCUUUAAUUAAAUUAAUCUGUUGAUGUGUCUGUGUAAUGGAAAGCCCAGUUUUUCUUGGAGGAUGUUAUGUUAAACAUAUUCAGACUUUUUUGCCACUGUCCAACAGUUUUCCAUGUUGACCAAAGUUUAAAUAUGGAUAAAACAAUAUAUUUCAUCCAUUAAAGAAAGGCAGCAAAAGGAUGUUUGUUUUUGUUUUUUUCUUUUGAUCAUGCCAGCAGUAUUUGUAAAAGAGGAACCAGGAAUAAGUGACUGUACAAGUGUAGUAGAAAUGUACAUCAGUCACAUGUGUUGAUCAUAGUCAUCAGUUGUGAUUCUUCACUUGUACCUGUAUCUUCUCUGUCAGUGUGUAUCAUUUACCAUCGUAAUGAUUUCGCCGUCUGAGCAGGUGAGAAAAAUUGUAAUGUAAAUCUGCAAGUGAGAAGCAGUUGGAGGCCAAAGUGCCCCCCCCCCCCCCCCUUAAGACUUUUGACCCCAUUGAUGGUACAUAUAAGAUACUUGGCUAUGUUUCAUCAUAGCGCAGCUUUAUAAUGCCUACAGUGUAAAUAACUGGUUGAGGGGAAAUUUAUGUGAAAUGCUUACAGGUGUAAGUCACAGGAUUCAUUCAUGCAUGUAUGCAGCUGUUCACAGUCAAAUACGGGCUACAAUGUUUAUGUUUUGUAUUCCUACAGUCAUCUUUGUACUAUUGAUAUUUUUUUGGAAUCAGCUAACUGUUCACAACACACUGCCAUAGACAGGCUCAUUUUAUAUAUUUCAAUAAACAUGACAUAUUUCCCUC